CUUCAAUUAUUGCUACGAAAAGUAAAAGUAUGGCAACUCACAAAAGCAUUCCAGUGCUUGGAAGCAACUUGGUGCUGUCCCAUCCAAGAAAAGCUAAACAUUAAAUAAUGAUAAUUUCUAUUAGUUAAAGUUGCUAGAAGUGAGCUGUUGUAUUUUUAAUAACAUACACAAUUUAACAUUGUUUUGCAAGUAGAUUUUCCAUCAUAAAUCCAUUAAAAAUAAAGCGUAAUAGAGCCUCAAAAAGACAAGUGCACGAGCAGCAACUAGCAACGUUAACGUCUCAAACUGCGACUUCUCCACGCAACGCUUCUUGCGCAUUUGCACCCGUAGCCAAGAAAAUGCAGCGUCCCAAUGCGGUAGUGAAGCCAACAAGUCUCGAUGAUAUCUGGAAUGAAUUGGAAGAUGGCAUUAAACAAGUGUUUCAACCAGAAAAGUCUAAUCUAUCGACUGAUCGUUAUAUGCACCUGUACACAUUUGUAUAUAACUAUUGUACAAGUGUGAAUACUGUGCAACGUUCCAUGGUCCGUGCAGGUGGCGCACAACUCGUUGGCAAAAAAUUAUAUGACCGUCUAAAGGAGUUCCUUAAAAAUUAUUUAACUAGAUUACAGAAAGCCUUUGAAUAUAUUCAGGGUGAAGAAAUUAGGCUGACGCACUACACCAAGCAAUGGGAAUCAUAUCAAUUCUCAAGUAAAGUGCUCAACGGUAUAUGCAGUUAUUUAAAUCGGCAUUGGGUGAAGCGAGAAUGCGAGGAGGGUCAAAAGGGUAUAUAUGACGUAUAUCGACUUGCAUUGGUUACGUGGAAAGAAAAUUUAUUUGAAAAUCUAAAUGAAUCCGUUACAAAUGCAGUACUGCGCUCCAUUGAAGAGGAACGUAAUUCUCAAACUAUAAAUCGUCACCUCAUUAAGAGUGUCAUAAAUUCUUAUGUGGAAUUAGGCUUUAAUGAAGAAGAUACAGAUUCGGAUAAUUCCAAAAAAUUAUCUGUAUAUAGAGAUCACUUUGAGAAUAAGUUUAUACUGAAAACUGCUGAGUUUUAUAAAAAGGAAUCGGAAGUAUAUCUGAAUAACUCUUCAGUGUCUGAUUAUUUAAAGCACGUUGAAGAUCGCCUUGACGAAGAAAGCAAACGAGUGAAUCGUGACGAGUUUUCAUAUUUACAUGAGAGUACACAUAAUAUAUUGAUCAAGACGUGUGAACAGGCUUUGAUUGAGAAGCAUUUAGUUAGAUUGCGCGCUGAAUUUCAGAAAUUUCUUAAUGAUGAUAAGAAUGAUGACUUGAAACGCAUGUACAGUUUAGUAGCACGUAAUCCCGAAAAUUUAACCGAUCUAAAGCUACUACUUGGCGAGCACAUAUUAGAGCAAGGUACUGAGGCCAUAAAGAAAGCCGGCGCUGAAGCAGCAAACGAUCCGAAAUUGUAUGUGCAAACCAUAUUAGAAGUACAUAAGAAAUAUCAUGGUCUCGUGGUCAUGGCCUUCAACAAUGAUAACGGUUUUGUGGCUGCACUUGACAAAGCAUGUGAGAAAUUCAUCAACUUGAAUGAAGUGACACAGGUGAAUAGCGCUAAUAAGUCGCCAGAAUUGCUUGCCAAAUACUGCGAUUUAUUGCUGAAGAAAUCUUCCAAGAAUCCCGAAGAUAAAGAGCUCGAGGACAAUUUGAACCAAGUUAUGGUUGUCUUUAAAUAUAUUGAAGACAAGGACGUUUUCCAAAAGUUCUACUCAAAAAUGCUUGCCAAACGUUUAGUGUAUCAUACAUCGGCUUCAGAUGAUGCGGAGGCGAUAAUGAUUUCGAAAUUGAAGCAAACUUGUGGUUACGAAUACACAAUCAAAUUGCAAAGGAUGUUCCAAGAUAUUGGUCUUUCCAAGGAUUUGAAUGCUAGCUUCAAGCAGCACUUAGUGAACGCAAGAAUACCACAAGAAAUUGAUUUUAGCAUUGAAGUAUUGUCAUCCGGUUCAUGGCCAUUUAAUCAGAGUACCACAUUUUUGCUGCCCUCCGAAUUGGAACGUUCCGUACAGCAGUUCAAUGAAUUCUAUGCAAAUCGGCAUUCAGGCCGCAAACUGAAUUGGUUAUAUAAUCUGUGCAAAGGUGAUUUGGUGACCAAUUGUUUCCGCAAUCGGUAUACAUUGCAAGCAAGCACGUUUCAAAUGGCUGUGCUGCUGCAGUUCAACGAUCAAACUAAGUUCACUUUACAACAAUUGCAGGAAAAUACGCAAAUUAGCUUAGAAAAUCUAAAACAGGUGCUGCAGAUUUUGAUGAAAGCCAAACUGCUUGUGUGUGCGGACGAUGAGAAUUCACUCAAUCCCAAUUCUGUGAUGGAGCUAUUCUUGGAUUAUAAAAACAAGAAACUUCGCAUUAACAUCAAUCAACCGCUUAAGACUGAGCUCAAAGUGGAGCAAGAAGCCGUACAUAAACAUAUUGAAGAGGAUCGCAAACUGCUCAUACAGGCCGCCAUUGUGCGCAUUAUGAAGAUGCGUAAGAAGCUCAAUCACACCCAGCUUAUUACCGAAGUACUCAAUCAGUUGGCGUCUCGCUUCAAACCUAAGGUGCAAGUGAUCAAAAAAUGCAUUGAUAUUCUAAUCGAAAAGGAGUAUCUAGAGCGUAUGGAAGGACAAAAGGAUACUUAUAGUUAUUUGGCUUAAAUGUUUUACUCAAAUCACUGAAAUCAGUGCGUACACUCAAUCAGCAGUUGCACAUAAACAACUCGUGCAGGGGCGUUGAGAAUUAUUUCAUAUUUUUAAUAUUUUUUUUUUUUGUUAAAUUAGCAUUUUAACCAAUUUCAAACUUCACGCAACGCAUGUUACAUUCAAAAAUAAAUACGAAUAAGUUAACUAAUUGAACGCAUGACAUUUGCAAUUAUUGGAAAACAAUAAUUCUAUUUUGACUUUUCAAUAAUAUUCCAAACAAACAAAAAUCAUGUCAUUCAGUUUAUUUCGAAGCAUCAUUUCU